AUGACUGCAUCCUCGCCCCUCCUCGAGAGUGUACAGAGUGAUUAUUUUAUAUGUAAAUCAAGACCCACAUCCCGUCCUGGUCCCCAGAAUCAAAAGCCCCCUCGGCCUGCCUUGCAGACAAAUGGGCUCAACAUUCAGCGGCCUCUCCCCCUAGACUUUGCCCUCCCUUCUCUUGAAAGUGAGAGAACCCAGAGUCUCCCUGUCUUUGUAGGGGAGGAGGGCGGUGGGGGGGGCAGGGGCCUGUACCCACCUGCUGACCUGCAGUCUGCUACAGAAAUAAAGGCCGGGUGUCUGGGGCCGUGA